AUGGGAAUUCAAGCAUCGUUGCUCUGACGGAACGAAGAAGCAUCCGACUACGGAGAACUCAACCUGAAAUAUCAGUCUCGAGUACAGUGAAGCACACCUUCUAUACAUAUAUACCUUACACGGUCGCAACCAUGUCCCUCGCCGCCUACCGAAAUCUCAUGCGCGCCGCAAGGGUAGCGUUCCAAGGUGACGAACGAAUUCUCUCAGCAGCUCGGCAGCAGAUUCGUCAAGGGUUCCGGGAGAAGGCACCGCUGUCUCCAACCGACCCCGAGCUCCAGCCCGCGAUCCAGCAGGCGAACGAGGUGGCGACUUUCCUAAGGCAAAAUGUCGUCCAGGGAGAGCACCGGGGUGAUGGCACAUACAGGCUUCGGAUACACCAAGAUACGGAACGCGGAGACAACGACUCCAUCAAGAAGGCGGGCAAGGGCACCACAUUAGGCGGGGGUUGCGGAUGUAGCUGAGGGAGGGAAGACACAAAAAGGGCCCGUCCGAUUUUCCCCUCAAGAUAACAGACAUUGAUACCCGCCUGUGAACACUAGGUAUACAUGUGUAAUGACCCUCACCUCUGUACAUGUACAAAUAUACGCUGCAACUUCAUUCAAACCUGAAUGCUAUCCAUGCUCCGAGCGAACUCCAAACUCCAAACGUAAACAAAAGUUUUUUGCUCUCCCUCCGUCAGAGCCAAGUCACUCUCCAGAAAGACUGGCAUACUGUGGGCCGUCACCGGAUCCUGGCGGCGGGGCAACUGGUGCUGCUGAGCUACUCUCG